GGAGGAAAUGACUGUGACUGGAGGAGGAGGAGAGAGCCAUGAUCAAGGUUGUAUGCAAUGACCAGCCGGGCAAGAAGGUCCAUGUGAAAUGCAACAUGAAUGACAGGAUAGGAGACCUGAAGAAACUGAUUGUGGCUCAAACGAGCAACCGCUGGAACAAAAUUGUCCCAAAGAAAUGGUUCAAAAUCUUCAAGGACUACUACAUUUCCCUGGGUGACUAUGAACUCCAUGAUAGAAUGAACUUGGAGCUUUAUUAUCAUAGAAGCAGCAGGUCUGCCAACUCUGUUACUCCCACCCCCGUUUUCAAAGUCUUAUUAAUACAAAUCAUUUAA